AUGAUAGCAGCAACCACAGUUUCUGCGCAGUACGGCCCCGGUGGUCAGUACGGUCCAGGCGGAUUUGGAGGAGGUAGUGACAACGGCGACAACGAUUUCGGCUCAUCAUUUGGCGGCGGCCGUAGCGGCUUCUCAUCAGAAUCACGACAUAAGAUCAUCGUAGCCCAUGGUGUCCUCGCAGCCCUGGCCUUUGUCUUAUUCUUCCCAGUUGGAUCGAUUCUUAUACGACUAGGAUCGUUUCGCGGUGUCUGGAUCGUCCAUGGCAUAUUUCAACUCUUUGCGUAUGUUGUGUACAUCGCAGCAUUCGGUCUCGGCGUGUGGAUGAUCAACAACAUCCCAGUCAACAUGCUCGACAACUACCACCCGAUUAUUGGUAUCAUCGUGUUUGUUCUGCUUUUCUUCCAACCCAUCCUUGGCUUCGUCCACCACCUCAAGUUCAAGAAAUAUAGUCGCCGAACUAUCUGGUCGUAUGGUCACCUCUGGUUGGGACGUAUUCUGAUCACGCUGGGCAUGAUCAACGGCGGCCUCGGCCUGCUGCUUGCAUCGGAUGCACCCGCAUUCACCGGAUUUGCUCCCAGUCAAGGCCAGAUCAUCGCAUACGGAGUCAUUGCCGGGAUCAUGUGGUUGCUUUGGGUUUCAGCCUCGAUCUAUGGGGAGAGAAAGAGAACGAUCUCACGUCGGGCGGCAGUGAACAAGGAGGUCGAUGCUGGGUCACCUGCGCGCCCCUAUGACGAUGGCAAGGAAUUAUACGCGUACGCUGGUUCCUAUUCCUGUUCUGAUCCACACAUUGCUAACCCAAUAACAGGCAGCGAACUUAUGCUUAAAGUAACCGAUACAUCCUCAGAGCCGUCUAUAGUAGCAUGCUACAAUACCAAAGCAUUCAUUUCGUGA